AGAAAGAGAGUAUAUGCUUCUUUCGCCUUUGUCUUUUUACACAGUGACAACAUGUGCAAACUACUUCUGACUGCAGGUCUCUGUUUGAUCAUCGCCAGCUUGGCCAGGUCUCACCAGUCUUCAUCCAGGCUGGUGUGUUACUAUAACAGCUUGGCUGAAUACAGAGCGAAUGGCGGGAAGGUCAGGAUUUCAGACAUUGAUCCGAAGCAGUGUACCCAUCUGAUCUUCGCCUUUUCUGACAUAAGCAGUGUGAAUAGAUUGGUCCCCAGGAGAACAACUGACUUAAAUCGCUAUCAGUCCUUUAAUCAACUCAAAGCCAGAAAUCCCCUGCUCAAAACCCUGUUGGCAGUUGGUGACACACAAAGAUUCAGUAUGAUGGUGUCAACACAAUCAAGAAGAGCAAUGUUCAUCCAGUCUGCUAUCACACUACUGAGAACAUAUGGUUUUGAUGGGCUCAGCCUGGACUGGAAGUUUCCCGCAGCAGCAGGAAGCCAAUCAGACAACAAGCAGAAAUUUACAAUGUUGUGCCAGGAGCUCAAAGCUGCCUUUGUGAAUGAAGGAACCCAAACUAACCGUGACAGAUUAAUCCUCAUCGCUAGUGUCUCUGCUGAGAAGGCGGUCAUCGAUGCCAGUUAUGAGGUCACACAGGUUGCCGGGAGCCUGGAUUUCAUUAAUGUGCUGACAUUUGACUUUCGUGGCCCCUCGGAAACUGUCACAGGACAUCACAGCCCCUUGUUCCAGGGAUCCCAAGAUACUGGAGACAAAAUCAACUCUAAUACUGACUAUGCUAUGAAGUACUGGAGGGACCAGGGAGCACCUGCACAUAAGCUAAACCUGGGUAUAGCAUCGUAUGGGCGAGUUUAUACCGUUGCCUCUCAUUGCGGUGGUGUUGGAGCACCAGUCAGUGGUCCCGGUACAGAAGGCACCUACACCCAAAUGGAAGGACUGCUGGCCUACUAUGAGAUUUGCCCUCAUCUUGACGGGAUUCAAGUCCAGCUGAUUUCUGAUCAAAAAGUUCCAUAUGCUGUCAUAAAUAAUAAUCAGUGGGUUGGAUUUGAUAACAAACACAGCAUUGGAACAAAGGUCAGUUACCUAAAUACAAAUCACUUUGGAGGAGCCUUUGUCUUGUCGCUGGACCUGGAUGACUUUAGUGGACAUUUCUGUAACCAGGGCAAAUAUCCCCUCAUCAGCCACCUGCAUGAUCUCCUUGUUCCAGAUUAUCCACACUAUACCACAACCACAACCACAACCACAACCACCACAACAACUUCCACAGUUGAUCCUGACAAUUUCUGCAGUGGAAGGGCAGACGGGCUUCACGCCAACCCGAAUGACCGAAACUCUUUUUACAACUGUGCCCACGGGAGAACGUACAUCCAAUACUGCGCCACAAAUCUCGUCUUCAACCCAACUUGCCUCUGCUGUGACUACCCCUAAAGAGUUGCACAUUUGUCAUUUUAAUUUACAUAAGCGGUAAUAUUGAUUCUUACAAAUAAAGGUGGGGCACUGGCUAAAGGUAUUACAUGUAUCAUUUCUUAGGAUUCUUCAUUGUUGUUUUGUGAGGAAAAGUACUGAAUAAUGGUUUUGCUUGUUCUUAUUAGGCCUCACUCAUCUACUUGUAAAUUUUAAAAUACCAUUUACACAUGUCAGCAUUAACAUUUUCAGAUGAAACCAUCAACAUUAUCAGAUGGCCAUAAACUCUCCAUUGUUAAAGAGAUAUGAUCCCAUCCAUACUGUAUCUGUCAGUACAGAUUAUGAUUUAAUCUCACUCAAUAUUCAGUAUAAUUUGAAGAAUUUGUAGAGUGUAUUUACAAUUGUUUACCUGUUGCUGUCUGUUAAUUUUAGGUGUAUCUAAAUCAGUUGUGAGUGAAGGUUAUUGUUCUUUUUUCCACGAUAAUUUAAUCUGAUGAACCUUCAUUCAAUUUUUGCUCAUAUAAAUGUCUUUGUUGGUGUAUCUUACUCUGUUGUUUGGAUGUGUGCUUCUUGGUUUAUAUCUAGCCAUCACAUGAUUGGAUUUAUUGUAUAAUAAAAUGAUGAAUGACAAAAUA